UCGUCGCCUCACGCACUGCUCCUGCCGUACCCUGCACAAGGCCAUGUCAUCCCCUUCAUGGCGCUCGCCCACUGCUUUGUGAACCACGGCUUCAAGGUCACCUUCGUCGACACUGAGUUCAGCCACGCGCGCCUUGUCGCCACCUUGGCCGACAUGGAGCAGGCUGCUUCGGGCCGAAUUGAGCUCGUCUCCAUCCCGGACGGGCUGGAGCUGGAAGACUCCGGCGCGCGCAGCGACCACGGGAAGCUGAUGGCGGGCCUCCAGAAGGCCAUGCCGCCUUGCCUGGAGGAGCUGAUCCGUAGGAGCGGCGACGCCGGCGAUCAGAUCACGUGCAUGAUCGCCUUCCAGGGCAUGGCCUGGGCGCUGGAGGUCGCGAAGAAGAUGGGCGUCCGGACAGCGGCGUUCUGGCCUGCGUCGGCGGCGGUGCUCGCCACGAUACUGAGCAUCCCGGAGCUGAUCGCGCGAGGCGUCAUCGACGAGAAUGGAAACAGCCAAGAUUGGAUCCCUUCGAUAAUCGAGACAUGUCUCGCUCUCGCCAUAAAUUUCUUAUCUAUCGCAUGCUACAGUUUUAAUAUGGUACAGUAGAAGACGACGCCGACACCGAAGUGUCCAUCAGAAGACGGCGACGACACCGAAGUCACACAUGACGGCUGGCCCGCUGAAGUGGGAUGUGCUAACUACUUGUUAUCCUUCUAUUUUUACGAUUAAUUAUUUUUAAUAUUUAGAUCUUUAUAUUUUUUAAAAAUUAUAUUAAGAUCUUUAUAUUUAUGAAAAUAAAACAUUUAAUC